GGGUAACAGGUCGCUCCUGCUGGCUGAGUCAGGAUUAGGUGUCAGGUCAGUGAGGCAUUCCGAGGAAGAGGGCACAGCUGCCCUGCACCUGCGUGGGGACCCAGGAUCUCCAGGGGAAGAUGGUGUCCCCAAGGGAGCAGAAGGCUCACAUCGUCCCAUCUUAAGCGCCGCUGGAUCCUGUGUGGCAUCACCAGCCCCCAUCGCUGCCGCCACUGCCGGGAGCUUGUGCUGGGGGCGCCAGGCACUGACACUUGGUCCUUGUUGGCAGAACAGAGAGAGGCUCUCUUGUCCACCGCCUCUGCUCAACUCCAACUGCUGCUUCUCCCGGAGGCCUCAGCUAAGCCCGCACAGCCCCAAAGCCCAGUUACAGCUACAGAAUGGCCUCUGGCCCGGCGGGGGUCCCUAGCCCACAGCCUUCCAGAGCCAAUGGGAACAUCAAUCUGGGGCCAUCAGCCAACCCAAAUGCCCGGCCCACAGACUUCGACUUCCUCAAAGUCAUUGGCAAAGGGAACUACGGAAAGGUCCUCCUGGCCAAGCGCAAGUCUGACGGCGCAUUCUAUGCGGUGAAGGUGUUGCAGAAAAAGUCCAUCUUGAAGAACAAAGAGCAAAGCCACAUCAUGGCGGAGCGCAAUGUACUGCUGAAGAAUGUGCGGCAUCCCUUCCUGGUGGGCUUGCGCUACUCCUUCCAGACCCCCGAGAAGCUCUACUUUGUGCUGGAUUAUGUCAAUGGGGGAGAGCUCUUCUUCCACCUGCAGCGGGAACGCAGGUUCCUGGAGCCCCGGGCCCGGUUCUACGCUGCUGAGGUGGCCAGUGCCAUUGGCUACCUGCAUUCCCUGAACAUCAUUUACAGGGACCUGAAGCCAGAGAACAUUCUCUUGGACUGCCAGGGACAUGUGGUGCUGACAGAUUUUGGCCUUUGCAAAGAAGGUGUAGAGCCCGAGGAGACCACGUCCACAUUCUGUGGCACCCCAGAGUACUUGGCUCCUGAAGUGCUUCGAAAUGAGCCUUAUGACCGGGCCGUGGACUGGUGGUGCUUAGGGGCAGUCCUCUACGAGAUGCUGCACGGCCUGCCCCCCUUCUUUAGCCGAGACGUGUCCCAGAUGUAUGAGAACAUCCUGCACCAGCCACUGCAGAUCCCUGGAGGCCGGACGGUGGCCGCCUGUGACCUCCUGCAAGGCCUCCUCCACAAGGACCAGAGGCAGCGGCUGGGCUCCAAAACAGACUUCCUCGAGAUAAAGAACCACGUGUUCUUCAGCCCUAUAAACUGGGAUGACCUGUACCACAAGAGGCUGACUCCGCCCUUCAACCCAAACGUGGAAGGACCUGCUGACUUGAAGCACUUUGACCCAGAAUUCACCCAGGAAGCUGUGUCGAAGUCCAUCGGCUGUACCCCCGAUACGAUGUCCAGCAGUUCUGGGGCCUCCAGUGCAUUCCUGGGAUUUUCCUAUGCACCGGAAGAGGAUGACAUCUUGGACUGCUAGGAAACAAGAACCUCGAAGCCACCGAGACCAGCUGUGACUGCAGAGAUUGCCUUCUGCUGGUAGUGAGAUGAAAUGAACGUGAUGCAUUAAACAGAAACAGGCGUUUUCCAUCCCAUGAAAGGACGGUGUUAGGUUCAGGCUGGUAGAUCUGUCAUCACCAGGAACUUAGAGGCUCGCUUUAUUUCUGCUUUGCCCUUCCUGACAAAUGUUGACUUCUGUUUUUCUUUUGCUUCUUCUUCUUUGUUUUGUUUUGCUUUCCAAGGUAGGGUCUCACUCUAGCCCAGGCUGACCUGGAAUUCACUCUGUAGUCUCAGGGUGGCUUCGAAGUCUCAGCGAUCCUCUUACCUCUGCCUCCCGAGUGCUGGAUUUAAAGGUGUGUGCCACCACGCCCAGAAGGCUUCUGUUUUUCAUCUAGGAAAAGCAAGGUGAAAGAAGACGGAUUUAUUUUGGUUCACAAUUUCUGUGGGUUCACCAUGUCAGCCAGCUCCAUUGCUAAGGUCCUGAGUGCAGGCUGAAAUAUCCUGGUGAAGGGGCGUGGCAGGGGAAAGCUGCUCCCCUUAAGCAGCCAGGAAGCGGAGACAGCAGAAGGGCUGGGGACAAGAUAUAUAUCUUCAAAGUCAUGCCCCCGGUGAUCUGCUUCCUCUAAGUAGGCCUCUACCUCCUAGUUCCUAUGACUUCUCAAUAAUGCCUUCACACGUGAAUCCAUCCAGGGCUAACCCACUAAGGCAGCCAUAACCCCAUGAUCCAUUCAUUUCCCCUAAAGCCCUAUCAGCAGAGCACAUGAAACCUUCAGAAAACAUUUCAGAUCAAACCAUACUAGUUUCCAAUAUUAGUGCUACAUUAUCACAUGAGGGUUAUCAGCACUCGAGUCACUUGUACUCUAGGCAGGAGGAAUGGGGAGAGAAUGGGUCAAAAAGGACUCUGUUGUAGAGCUUUUACAGAAGCCCCAGCCAAUGACUUCAGCUGACAACUCAUUACCCUCCAUCCCUACUGGAAUGGAGCCUGGGUAAGAGCUACGUGUCAUAGCAAUGGGGUUCUGAUGCUGAAGGAAAGGGGGAGAAUGGUGGCUGGGCAACCAGCACUCUGUCAGAGGUCUCUUUGUGUUUGCACUUUGAUUUCCAUGUGUAAAAUAAGACACAACAAGCCUAUAGGCUAUCAA